UGUGGUGUACUGAGGAUUUCGUAACUUUUUUGUUGUUGUCAGAAUGUAAUAAAACACGUGUCCUUUCGCAAAGAAGUGUAAGGAACAAGUAGACCUACCACACAGUACAACGAGCUUGUGGAGGUGGGCUGGAGAGGGAACGUGCACGAGGCUUGAGGGGGAAGGUGCACGAGUAGAAAAAAGCUGGUCCCGCAGAGUGAGGUCACUCCCGCGAGCGGCGAGCAAACCACUGCAGCGCAAACCGGAGAAGUGCUCGUGCCGCCCAUCCCGUCCGCUCAGUCCACAAUGAGAACACGCGCGCCAGUGGAAUAAGCCAAACAGCGAAGCGUGUAGGAAUCUACAACUUUGAUAUUUCAGACAUACACGUUUUUGAUUUAAAAGAUGAAUUUUCCUCUUCUGCUUUCAAUUGUCUUUCAAUGUGACUCAAAGUUGGUGCCUGUUUGGGUAGAUUGACUCAAACUUUACGCAGCAGCGUUCUGUUUUUACGAUUGCGCAUUGAAUUGCUCCGCAUCAGUUUGUAUAACCAGGUCAUUGAAGCGAGACGACUGUUUUGCAGUUUUGGAGACACCUGUGUGAAUCUAUCAACAAUGUUUUCUUACAAGCUCUACAUCUCGUUCCUCGCCGUUACCUGUAUGUUCGGGGUGCCUCGCGCCUCGGCCGCGGCGUGCGAGCCCAUCCGGAUCCCGCUCUGCCGGUCCAUGCCGUGGAACAUGACCAAGAUGCCGAACCACCUCCACCACAGCACCCAGGCUAACGCCGUCCUGGCCAUAGAGCAGUUCGAGGGUCUCCUCGGCACUGGGUGCAGCGCGGAUCUUCUCUUUUUCCUGUGUGCCAUGUACGCGCCUAUUUGCACCAUAGACUUCCAGCACGAUCCGAUCAAGCCCUGCAAGUCGGUGUGCGAGCGGGCCAAGUGCGGCUGCGAGCCGGUUAUGAAACGGUACAACCACACCUGGCCCGAAAGUCUGGCCUGCGAGGACCUGCCAGUAUACGACCGAGGAGUGUGCAUCUCCCCCGAGGCUAUCGUGAAAGCUGAAGGACCUGACAACCCAUACUACCAGGACCCGUCCCGGUGCUCUCCAGAGUCGACCCCUGACUUCCCCAUGGACUCCCACAACGUCCACUGCAAAGGAACCAAUGGAGAUCGCUGCAAGUGCAAGACAGUCAGACUAGGUCUCAAAACCUACUUAAAGAACAACUACAACUACGUGAUCCGCGCGCGCGUGAAGGAGAUCCGCAGCAGGAGCCACGACCUCAGCGCCAUCGUGGAGGUGCGGGACGUGCUCAAGUCUUCGCUGGUCAACAUCCCCCGGGACACGGUGACCCUCUACUACAACUCGGGGUGCCUCUGUCCUGCUCUCGCCGCCAACGAGGAGUACAUCAUCCUGGGCUACGAGAACGAGGAGAGAUCCCGGCUGCUGCUGAUUGAAGGCUCCAUCGUGCAGAAGUGGAGGGACAGAAUGGGACGUAAAGUCAAGCGAUGGGACCAGGUGCUGCGUGACCAGAGCAGAGGGAGCUCAGGGAAAGGUGGAGCGAGGCGAGGCCGUCACUGAAACAGACGGGUUGUGAUGCGUCGCAAGACCCGACCCCGAAGACGAACUAGAAGACUUGGCUCGAACUGAGAAAUUGCACUAUUGCACGUUCAUUUGGAUUCCUCGUUGUCCCGUUAUAAUGAGUUGUAGCCGAAUGUAGAUUUUUGUAGCUGUCGCUGUUUGAUUUGUAAUUUGUUCAUCGUUCGUUUAUUAUUUUCUUUUCCAUAUCUUUGCACGAACGUCAUGUUCCUUUAGCUGUGCUGCGUUGUGCGUUUGCGUGUGUGUGUGUGUCUGUGUGUGUGUGGGUGUUUAGCGUGAUAGGUUGUUGUGACGAGGCGGUGCUGGAAGCACUCUAAAGAAGAAAUGAAUGUUGACGUUGGAGGCCUCUGUGUGCAGGGACUCCAACUCACAGGAAAAAGGAUGUGAUGUCAUCUGUCAACCGCUGAAUGUACCGAAUGAAAGCUCCACCACAGAGGAAGAACCUCUUUGUAGAGGACUGACAUGACUGGGUGUAAAGGCUAAAGGGGGUUGGGGCAGGCGGUCGGGGGCUAAGCUGGGGGACAUGAGAAGAUAUGUGUGAUGGCUGUAAUGUGUCUCAAUGUGUCUUCCAGAGGGUGUUAGUUGACUAUUUUCAGAACAUACCUAUAUACAGUACCUGUCUCUGAUGCUACCAGCCUGUCUGAGCUGUAGGUCUGAUCUGUCAUUAAUAAACAUGCCUGGCAGGCGUCUCCACCAACUCCA